AUGUGCUCUCAGAUUAUCAUGUUGAUGCUGCUUCUCUUGGCUCACAUGGUGCCCAAAGUAGAUACCACACAAUGUCUCACUAAUGAUCCCAUUCCUGUUCCGCAUCAGUGGUAUCAACCUGGGGACCUCCUCGUUGGUGGGAUUUCUUCUCAGAUCAUUUUAUCUUUCCCUGAAUUGCUCUUCAAUCAACACCCUUCUAAGGAACUGCCGUUUCAUUUUCCAGUCGUGGUGACAAAAUCCUACCAGCAUGCUCAUGCCUUGGCAUUUGCUGUAAAUGUUGUCAAUGACAAUCCCAGGAUCUUGCCCAAUGUCACACUUGGAUUCCACAUCUAUGACAGCUACUAUGAUGCAAGGAUGACCUACCAAACCACUCUGGAUCAGCUCUUCAAAUCACAUAGAUUUAUCCCAAACUACAAAUGUCGCUCCCAGAAAAACCUCAUAGUACUCAUUGGGGGGCUUUCCUAUGAUAUCUCUUCCUGCAUAGCAGACAUCUCAAGUGUCUACAAGAUUCCACAGCUCCACCCAUUUCUUCAAGGCAUUUCAUUUAACAAUUCAGCUGGAGAAAAGGUGUCAUUUAAUGAUCAUGGGGAACUCAUAGGCAUAUUUGACAUAAUGAACAUUGUCUUCUUCCCAAACAAGUCCUUCCUUAAAGUAAAAGUUGGAAUGGUGGAUUCUGAUGCUCCUGAAGGAAAACAGUUCAUCAUUCAAGAGGAUAUAAUUGUGUGGCACAGGACUUUUAACCAGGUGGUCCCUAUUUCUGUAUGCAGCGACAUUUGUCCACCUGGUUAUCAGAAGAGAAAAAAGGAAGGAGAGAAAUUUUGCUGCUACGAUUGUACUCCAUGCCCAGAAGGGAAGAUUUCAGACGACAGAGACAUGGAUGAAUGCUUCAAAUGUCCAGAAGAUCAAUAUCCAAACCACAAAAGAGAUAAUUGUGUAACCAAAGUUAUAAAUGUUUUGUCUUAUGAAGAAUCUUUAGGGAUCAGUUUUGUAUCAGUUUCUGUUUCUUUGUCACUCACCACAGCUUUUGUGCUUGGAGUUUUUAUCAAGCACAGAGAUACCCCCAUAGUCAAAGCCAACAACCGGGACAUCAGCUACAUUCUUCUUGUUGCCCUCCUCCUCUGUUUCCUCUGUUCUUUGCUGUUUCUCGGAAGACCUACAAAGGUGACCUGCUUUAUCCGACAAUCUUCUUUUGGCAUCAUCUUCUCUGUGGCGGUUUCUUGCGUGUUGGCCAAAACCAUAACUGUGGUUGUUGCUUUCAUGGCCACCAAACCAGGAUCCAGCAUGAGGAAGUGGGUGGGGAAAAGACUGUCCAACACCAUUGUUAUUUCCUGCUCUUUCAUUCAAGUAGGCAUCUGUGUGGUAUGGCUGGCAACCUCUCCCCCAUUCCCACAUUUUGACAUGCAGUCGGUACCUGGAGAGAUCAUAUUAGAAUGUAACGAAGGGUCUGUCAUCAUGUUUUAUGUUGUCCUGGGCUACAUGGGACUUCUAGCCAUCAUCAGCUUCACUGUGGCUUUCCUGGCCAGGAAGUUGCCAGACACUUUCAAUGAAGCCAAGUUCAUCACCUUCAGCAUGUUGAUGUUCUGCAGUGUUUGGUUGUCAUUUGUUCCAACAUACCUCAGCACCAAAGGGAAAUACAUGGUGGCUGUGGAGAUCUUCUCUAUUUUGUCCUCCAGCAGUGGGUUACUGGGUUGUAUCUUUCUCCCCAAAUGUUACAUUAUUCUGUUGGUGCCCAACAUGAACAAAAAGGAGAAGCUAAUUAUGAGAGGGAAUGAAUGA